AUGAACAGUCCAGUGAACCGGAGCCGCCUCACAGAGAUGUACCAGCAGCUGAGAGUGUGUGUGUGGCCUCACAUCAACUGGACACAGCCCGAGCACCGGGCCAGGGACCUGGUCCAGGAGGUGUUCUCUAGAGCCCAUGAGAACAUGACCAAAGCCUUGAGCACAGUGUGUGCAGGAAGCACCUCCUCACCACAGGUGGACACAUUCAGGCGCAGGGCUCUGGAGAACCUGCAGAUGGUGCUGCUGCACAGCAGUAAACAGCAGGUGUGUGUGAAGGCCUUCCCCUCUCUCUCUGGACCAGAACUGGACUUGGCCUCAGAGUGUUACUGGUUGGGUUGUCUGAUGGCUCUGCACUCUCCUCCUCUGCAUCCAGACUGGGACAGAGGGUCUGGACUGGUCUUCCCACGGGACAUCAGGGAAAUCAGGACUAAACGAUGA